AUGCCUCAUAAACGUGCAAAACGCUCCGUCCGGGAGAAAACUCGCGCCGAAUCGGGCGCGGACCUCGUACCCGGCGUACGCAAGUCGAUCGAGAACGAAGAGAUCCCGAAAGGUGCCGCGCGCGUACUGAACGCGGCGAAGAUCCAGCAGGAGUUCGCGGAGAAGAAGCGCAAGCAGCGUGAUGAAGCGGACGGCGCGGGACCGUCUCGCAAGAAGCAGAAGGGCGGCGCGGGCGGCCAGAACGAGGGAGCGAAUGCGCUGCGCAUAAAGCCUGGAGAGUCGAUUGGGCAUUUCAAUCGGCGGGUGGAGGACUCGCUGCGGCAUACGGUGAAAGAGGCCAUGCAAAGUUCGUCAGCGAAGAUGCGGCGGACGCAGAAGGAGGAGCAGGAGGAGCUUGCGCAGAAGAAGGCCGAAAAGAAGGCUGCCGUUGCUAGCUCUAAGGCUGCAAAAUCUACCAAGACAUCCGACGGUAGCGACGACGACGACGAACCUCCGUCAAAACUCAAGUCAAAACCAAAACCAGAAGACAAGAGCGAACGCGCGGUACCAUUACGCCGUCCGGAGACGAAGCACGACGGGAAGGCGAAGGAGUUCGAGCGGGUGUCGUCGUCUGCGCCGAAGCGGCUGAACGACAUUGUGCAAGCACCGCCGCAAAUCAAGCAGCUCCCGCGCAAGGCGAAAAAGCUGGCGGCGGCUGGCGGCACGCCGAAGACUGGAGUAUCCCUCAAGGACGGCGUACUGUCGAUGGCGCAGAAGGCGAUGAUGGAGGAGGAGCGCGACCGGGUUAUCAGGCUGUAUCGUGAGAUGAAGCGGAGAAAGGGGUCGACAUAGGGCGGUCCUUUGGGUAUCAUGUAUGUUUUCCGCACGUCUGCACGUUCGCAUCCAACGUUCCUGCUAUCACCGUGCGCAUUGCGCAG